UAAUCAAUCGCACGAGUCUGAACAGGCAAAAUCGUCAUGUUCGUCGAUGAAGUCCAUGAAAUCAACUCCGCUUUGGAGCAGGUGGAAAAAGAGAUUUUCAUUUUUGAACGCAACCUAGCCGAAGCCAGGGGACGCAAGCAAAACCUACAUCGAGAACGGCAAGAUGCGGAAGAUAGAUUGGCACAAGAGCGGCGUCACCGUGAGGAAGAGGCACGACAAGAGGCUAUUCGUCGACAAAAUCGAGCAAUUGAAGAGGAGGAAACGCGUGCUCAAGAGACGGCCAAGCAACGCGAGAUUCGAGAGUACGAAGAAAAAAUUUUGGCUUUAAAAAGACAAAUAGCGCUGGCUGAAAUAGCCAAACAACACCAGGGAAAUGCACAGCAGCAGCUAAAUCUCCAAAAUGCAUCUUGUGUUCAUGAAACGGAGGAAGAUGAAGAAGUUGUGGAAGAGAUUGUUGAGUAUAUCACCGAUGACGAGGAGAAUAUUUUUGACGAUUUGAAUGAAGAUGCUCACGAUUCUGAUACUCAACCUCCCGAGGCCUAUACUCGUCAUGCCAUACCAGUAAAACGCACCGGUUCAGGGGCUGAUAAAUCAUUAGAUGUAUCGCCUACCGAACCGAUUGUCGCUUCUGUGGGAAGCGGUUAUGCCCCGGCUUGUAUUUUAACACCGGCCAAUCAACCUCCAUCAGCAUCCCUCCUCGGUCCACGAGAGAUUCAUUCUAAAGAACAAUAUUACCAGCUUCAUCAGACUAAUCCAGACGAGGUACGCCACCAACAGAUGGAAAAAAUGAAGGAAAAUGAUAAGAAGAGACUUGGAUGGGCUAAACCGUCCUGGGCGAAUCGCGACAGCCUGCACGAAACAAAAAUAAAUGGUUGUCUAUCAGUACCAGCUCAGGUGGAACCUUGUGAUGUAGCACAUGGUUCACUGCCACUUUCGUGCGGUGGCUCCGUAUCAGAAGUUUCCCAAAUCAAGGAUGAGGCUCCCUUGAAGGCACAAUUUUUAAAUGAGCCAGCUUCCGCAAGCUCACUUUCGACGAAGGAAAAGAAUCCGACUCACGAACGGGGUGCGAACUUCCUCUCUACCAAGAGCCCUCGAACGCCAAAGAAGAAGAUUGUGACAAAGAGCAAUCCGCUAACUGAACCAGUUCGGGUAGAAACCUCUGAUGUAACACAGAGCGCAAUGUCACCAUUGUGCGGUGAUUCCGUACCCGGAGCUUCCCAAAUCAAGGACAAGGCUCCUAAAAAGGCGCAACUUCUGAAAGAACCAGCUUCCGCAAGCUCACUUUCGACGAACGAAAAAAGUCGAAAUCGCGAAAAGGCUGCGAACUUCCUCUCUACUAAGAGCCCUCUAACGCCAAAGAAGAAAAUGGUGACAAAAAGGAAUCCUCAAGCGCCAUCUGAAAAUCCACUUCCUCCUCCAUUGGUACAUACUAUUGCUGAAGAAUCUUCUGAUCCGGUGUCUCCGAAAUCCCUUCCGAUUGUCUCUUCGCCAACUAAGGAUUUCGUACCUCGAAAGUCAAGCACUGCUACAAUUACCAAUCCCUCCCUUGUAAAACCAGACCCAAUUUCACCGCCUUCGCCAACGAAAAAGAAUUGCUGGGAAAAACCAGCAUGGGCAUUGCCAGAUGAGGCAAUUCCAGACUCGAGUAUCAUCAGCGACAGCAUCCAAAAUCCGCUUCUGAAGCAAGCUAACCAUGGUGGAUACGAACGCAAAGUUUUCGCGAAGGAUAUCAAACGCGUCAAUGGCACUUUCGUCGCUCCACGCCCAAACGUGCCACCGCGGCUUGCGUGGAUAGUUCCUUUCUGCCAAGAAAAGAAAGUGGGUAAGAUUGUGUUGCAUCUAUAUGGAAAGGAUAUAGACAGGCUUGUAGAUCGUUUUUUGGAUUUACAGGGAUGCUGUAUCGAAAAGACAGGCGAAGAACUCAUUGUGGAGGAAAUUGCGCCAAAGUUUUAUGUCACUUCGAACCCAACAAAGAUUGACUCUAGGGAUGGGGUCUAUGGCUUGGUCCAGGAAGGACAUGAGGUGUUUGAGGACAUUCUUACAGCAGAUUCCGACUUCAAAUUCCAUAUCAAGCAGGCUCAUAUUUAUCCGGUGAAAAAGGCAAAGGGAUAG